AUGGCUUCCUCCCCCGUUGCUUUGGCGCAGGCCGCCGUCACCGAAAAGAAGCCCGAGGGCAUUGCGCUCUAUUCUCGCUUCGCCUUUGCUGGCGCCGUCUGCUGCUCCCUCACACACGGUGCUUUUACUCCCGUUGACGUCGUCAAGACGAGAAUCCAGCUUGACCCUGCUACCUACAAUCGUGGCAUGAUUGGCGGCUUUCGUCAAGUCAUCCAAAAUGAGGGCGCUGGUGCUCUCCUAACAGGCAUUGGUCCUACCUUCACCGGCUACUUUGUUCAGGGAGCCUUUAAAUUUGGCGGUUACGAGUUCUUUAAGCAGCAGAACAUUAACUUCCUGGGUCUAGAAAAGGCUCGUCAGAACCGUACUGCCGUGUAUUCCGUCUCUGCCGCCAGCGCUGAAUUCUUCGCCUCUAUUGCCCUCUGCCCCCUUGAGGCCACGCGUAUCCGUCUCGUCUCCCAGCCUGGUUUUGCCAAUGGACUUAUCGGUGGUUUCAGCAAGAUUCUUCGAACUGAGGGUAUUGGCGCAUUCUACAGCGGUUUCGGUCCCAUUCUCCUGAAGCAGGUCCCUUACACAGUCACCAAGUUCGUCGCCUUUGAAAAGUUUGCCGAGACUAUUUACGCCAGCCUUGGCGACAAGUCAAAGUUGUCCGACGCCACCCAGACCGGUGUCAAUUUGGGAUCUGGUCUGCUCGCUGGUUUUGCUGCUGCCAUUGUCUCCCAGCCCGCUGAUACUAUGCUGUCCAAGAUUAACAAGACAAAGGGCAUGCCUGGUGAGAGUACUGUCUCGCGCCUUAUCAAGAUUGCUGGUGAACUCGGUGUGCGCGGCUCAUUUGCUGGUCUCCCUACGCGUCUGUUUAUGAUUGGUGGUCUUACUGCCGGUCAAUUCGCCAUCUAUGGUGAUAUCAAGAAGGCUCUUGGUGCUACCAAUGGCGUUGAGAUUGCCAAAUAA